AUGGCUGAAGUGUUCGGUACCGCGGCCAGUGCUCUCGCCGUUAUCGAGUUAGCAGCAAAGAUCGUCAAGCUUUGUGCGCAGUACGGGAAAGACGUUUCGAACGCGAGAGACGAUAUCGGACGAAUCAAUAUGGAAGUGACGAAUCUGAACGCUGUAAUCGAGAGCGUCCGCCAACUUUUAGACGGCCCUCAAGGGACAAAGCUCCGCACGGCCGAGAAGCUCCAGUCUACGCUACAAGAUGGCCAGGCGCAGCUUCUGAAGCAUCUGCGUGAAGAUAUCAGAGCGGUUGACCAUACAACGAAGUUGUGUGCCUUCCCGACUGGGCCCUUUUUCAUCCACGCAUCGUGA